CACACAGAGACAAGGGUGCUGCUGCUGUUGCUGCUGCUUGACUUCUACCCUUCUCACACAUCCACAGUCAUCUAUAGACAGGCUUUCAUAGACCACAAGCUCCCAUCCAGCAGCAUCACAUCUCAUCCGUCACCAUGGCAACGCAGGAGAAUCUCAAAACCUACACCAAGGAAGAGGUGGCCAAGCACAAUACCAAAGGUGAUCUCUGGAUCAUCGUCAAUAGCUAUGUCUAUGACUUGUCAAAAUUCGCCAAUCUUCAUCCGGGAGGUGCGGGUGUUCUCCUCGAUCAGGAAGUAGCGGGUCAAGAUGCGACGACCGUAUUUUUUGGAUUACACAGAAGCGAAGUCCUCAUGAAACCUCAGUAUGAUAGGUUAAAGAUCGGUCAAGUGCAAGGCGAGAAGCCGCAGAUCAAGAUGCCUCUGCCGGGUGAUCUCUCCACGGUACCUUAUGGAGAGCCAACUUGGCUCACCCCAGAGUUUAAAAGUCCAUACUACAAGCAGUCUCACAGGGAUCUCCAGAAGGCUGUCCGCAAGUUUGUCGACGAAGUGCUGUAUCCCGAUGCACAGCUCUGCGAAGAGAAUGGCAAGCGAGCAAGCAAGGAGGUUCUAAAAGCCAUGGCCGAAAACGGAUUCAAUCGUAUGCGACUCGGACCUGGAAAACACCUUCACGGCCAAAACUUGAUGGGAGGGGUCGUAAAGGGAGAAGAGUUUGAUUAUUUCCACGAGAUGGUCCUUACGCAAGAGCUCGUACGUAUUGCCGCGAGAGGUUAUGCAGAUGGUCUCAAUGCUGGAAUGGUGAUCGGUCUCCCUCCGGUUCUCAACUUUGGUCAAGAGCCACUGAGAUCAAAAGUCCUCGAUGAAGUUUUCAGGGGCGAGAAGGUAAUCAGCUUGGCUAUCUCCGAGGCGUUCGCCGGAUCAGACGUCUCUGGCCUUAAGACUGAGGCUGUCCGCAGUGAAGAUGGCAAGAGUUGGACCAUCAAUGGUACUAAGAAGUGGAUCUCGGGAGGCAUGCACAGUGACUACUUUACCGUCGGGGCUCGCACAGAUGGAGGAUUGACAGUCUUCCUCGUGCCUCGAUCCGAAGGCGUUGAGACGAAGCAGAUCAAGACGUCUUACUCUACUGCCGCCGGAACAGCCUACAUCACCUUUGACAAUUGCGUUGUACCUGAUGAAAAUCGAUUGGGAGAAGUCGAUGCAGGCCUGUUGGUCAUCCUCAGUAACUUCAACCAUGAACGGUUCAUCAUGGUCUGCGCCAGUGUCCGGAGUAGUCGCGCCAUCGUCGAGGAGAGUAUGAAAUGGGCAUCCCAGCGAAUCGUCUUUGGCAAGCCUCUCAUGUCUCAAGCGGUCAUUCGUAGCAAAUUUGCAAGUAUGAUCGCCAAGGUCGAGGCUAUGCAAGCAUGGCUCGAGAAUGUGACUUAUCAAAUGUGCCACAUGACCUACAAAGAACAGUCUCGAAACCUCGCUGGUCAAAUCGCCUUCCUCAAGGUUUAUGCCACCCGAGCUGCAUCUGAGAUAUCUGACGACGCUGUGCAAAUUUGGGGAGGUCGAGCGCUGACCAAGACUGGAAUGGGCAAAAGAAUCAAGCUCUUCCAAAGGAGCAAUAAGUUUGAUGCGGUCCUUGGAGGUGCUGAAGAUGUCCUCGCGGAUCUUGGAGUUCGACAAGCAAUGCGGAAGAUGCCUGCCGACGUCAGACUCUGAGAAUGUCCAGCCGUUUUAGAUCGACUACAAACUUCUCAUCUUCGCUGUAGCACUGUUGUUCUUUGCUCUGCUCCCUGCUUUGCAUGUCUCACUUUGCUGUAUAGCCAGAGGCUUCCACUUCAAAGCCGUGCAAAC